AUGAAGCUGAUGGCAUUAUUUUUCACCAUUCUCUGGAUAAACCAAGCAUCCCUCAAAGAAAUCCGUUCUAGAAGCAAAUCCAAACCAAAACCUUUGAAACCAAACAACAUGUGCAGCCUGGAGCCAACAGAUACGAACAGUAUUAGAUGCUUUUGUACAAAAGACAAAUACCAGCAAGUAUUAUCGGCAGAGUGUUGGAUAUUCGAACCAGUUACAAGAGACAGUUUCAUCUGGCGACUGAUUGUGGAUACCCAACCGUAUCUAUCAGAAUUUAACAUAAUGGCUAACAAUCAAGGUCAAUUGAAAGGCAUGCCUGCUGAAUUUUUGCAGAAAAUGCUAUUUCUAAAGAAUUUUACUGUUUCCUUUGCGCUUCUUGAAAAGUUGGAGAAAUAUGUACUCGGGAAUUCGACGUCGUUGCAACGAUUGAAAUUAUGCAAAAACCAAAUCGAGUAUCUGGAAGAAUUUUCUAUAGCUAACCUACUUUCGCUAAAAGAACUCGAUCUAAGUGGAAAUCGUAUACGAGCUAUUCCAACGUUCGUGUUUUUUAACCUUCCGGAAUUAAAGUAUGUGCGGUUAAAUAAUAAUAACAUUUCGAGAAUCGAGGAUAAGGCAUUUUCCGCUUUAGGAAACGUGUUAGAACUUGAUCUUUCGGAAAAUUACAUUUGCGAUAUUACUAAUCUUACAUUUUUCGGUUUGUCGAAGCUAAAAGUGAUUGACUUGAGUGUAAACAAAAUUGUGAACUUAGUUUCAAGUGUAUUUUCGGAGCUCUGGGAUAUAGAGGUGAGUUUUUGUAUAUUUUUGUAA